AUGUCCAUUAAGCAAAUUAACCACCAUGACAUCUCCAAAUUAACAUCGGGACAAGUCAUAAUUGAUCUACGAUCCAUUGUCAAAGAAUUGGUAGAAAAUUCCAUUGACGCCAAUAGCAAUAAAAUUGAAAUAAUAUUUCAAAAUUACGGUAGUGAAUCAAUUCAAAUUAAUGAUAAUGGAAAAGGUAUAAGUCAAGACAAUUUUGUAUGGUUAUGCUUAAGAUCUCAUACUUCAAAGUUAGUGGAAUUUGAAGAUUUACAUACUUUAACCAGUUUAGGAUUUAGAGGUGAAGCAUUGAAUUCUAUAUGUUCGAUAAGUUCUAAAGUUAGAGUAUUAACCACCUCUAUUGAAGACAAGACUUAUCAAUAUGAAUUAGAGUAUGAUCAAUUAGGUCAAUUAACUAGUCAAUCUAAGAAACCAACGGCUCUGAAAAAUGGUACUUCCCUCAUUAUCCAUCAAUUGUUUAAGAAUUUACCAGUUCGAUAUAAAAACUUUAUAAAGAAUAUAAAGAAUGAAUUUCAUAAAUGUAUUCAAUUCUUAAUAAAUUAUUUACUUAUAUAUCCAACCAUUAAAUUUUCAGUAUUUAAUAUUAUUAAUGGUAAAAGAUCUUUAAUUUUAAGUACUAGUGGAGGUAUAAAUAUUAAUCCAAUUGAUAAUUUAAUUAAUGUAUUUGGAUCUAAUAAUCAAUUUAAGAGUUUAUUACCAAUAAAUGAUUUAAUAAUUAAUGAUGAUAUAAUUUUAAAAGGGUAUAUAUCAAAUUAUUCAUUUGGUUUGGGUCGUUCAAGUAAUGAUAAACAAUUUUUAUUCAUUAAUAAAAGACCAAUUAAUAAUAAAAAAUUAUCAAAACUUAUAACUGAAGUUUAUAAAACUUUUAAUCAUUUGCAAUUUCCAAUUUUUAUAAUUAAUUUGGAGAUUAAUCCACAAAUUUUGGAUAUUAAUUUGGUUCCUGAUAAGACAAUGGUAUUAAUUCAUAAUGAGUCUGAAGUCUUUGAAUUGAUACGACAGAAAUUGUCGGAUUAUUUUAGUAGCCAAGACAAUUAUGUGCCGAAGAGUAAUUUAACUGCCAAAAUUGAAAAAGUUGACAGUUCCACACAAGCCAAAAUUAGAGAAGAUGAACAUGAAGAGGAUAAUGAAAAGGAAAAUGUAAACUCAAUAGUACGACCUUCAGUUAAAAGAGUAAUAGUCGAAGAGAUCAACUUGAAUAGUGAGGGACAAGUAGAGGUGAAGACAUCGAGGCCCACAUACAAAGAAGUCUCGUCUGAAAGUGAUAGUGAAGAAGAAGAAGAAGAAGAAGAGCAGGAAGUAGAUGAAGAAGAGGAGGAAGUAGAAGAAGAAGAAGACGAAGAAGAAGACGAAGAAGAAGACGAAGAGGAGGAACAAGAAGAUGGUCAAGAAAUCAAACAAGUGCAUGAUCAACAUGGUCUGAAAUCAUCUGCUACUGAUGUUGUACAAAUGACUGAAACUGAAGGUGAAAGGGUUGGAGAAAGUGUGAGCUCAGAAGAACUUGAAGAUGAUCAAGGAGAAGAAGAGGUGCAGAAUAAUAGCAAAGUGAACGUUAAUUCCAUUAAAGAACAUCCUGUCAAGAUAAGUAACAAGAGAUCUAUGACUAACAGAGAUACACCCAUUUCAUCAACUAUUGAUUCCAACAUUUCACUGGAUGAUCAUCCUCAAGGAUCAUCGCAAACUAUAGAUGGUAUUGAGGGUUGUGAACAUGAUCAUAAUGAUAAUGAUAAUGAUAAUCAUGGAAAGAACUUCUAUCCUGUAAAUGUGACAGAAGAAGAAAUAGAGAUUAAGAUUGGUUCUGAAAUAACUGAAGAACCUCCCAUAAAGAAACUUAAAACAAGUGAGAUUCAUAAAUUAAGUUAUCAAUUGAAUUCACAAGAGAUAUUCUCAACUUUGGAUAAGUUUGAAUUAAAAGAUGUUGAUAUUAAAAGUGAAAAUGAAGAGAGAAAUGAAUUUGAGAUUGAUGAUAUCCAACAAAAUCAAGAUAGUAAACUUUCUUAUAUUAUUUCCAAGCAAGACUUUUUAAAUAUGAAAUUAAUCGGACAAUUCAAUCUUGGAUUUAUUUUGGUAUCAUUAAAUCAUCAAAAGAAUUUGUUUAUAAUCGAUCAACAUGCAAGUGAUGAAAAGUUCAAUUUUGAAAGAUUGCAAGAUGAAUUUGAAAUUCAAUAUCAAAAUUUAAUUGCUCCAUUACCAGUUGAAUUAAAUAUUAUUGAAGAAAUGGUUGUAAUAGAAAAUGAGAAGAUUAUUAAUUCUAAUGGAUUCAAGUUUAAUAUUAAUGAACUAAAGCGUCCUGGGUUCAGAAUUGAAUUGACUACAUUCCCAAGCUUCAAAGGUACCGUAUUCGAUUUGAAUGACUUUUACGAAUUGAUUGAUUUAGUAAAUUCUCAUCCUCAUAACAAGUCAAUAAAGUGUCGUAAGAUUCGGAGUAUUUUGGCCCUGAAAGCUUGUCGAAGUAGUAUUAUGAUAGGACAAUCUUUAAGUAAACACCGAAUGGAUAAAGUGGUUAAGAAUUUGAAUAUUUUAGAUAAACCUUGGAAUUGUCCGCAUGGUAGACCAACAAUGAGACAUUUAAUUGAAUUGAAUAAAUGGAAAAAUAAUCUUCAAGAUUAUCAGUUAUGA